UUGGAACGGUUAUGGGAGUGUGCUAAGCUAAUGCACGCAUAGGGAGAGCAGCAAACAAAGGCACCAAGCACACCCGUUUGCCGAGAGGAAAAUAGCACUGAAACUCAGCCGUGUAUUUUUAGCUCAAACGGUGUCUUUACCAAAUAAGGCAACCGCCUGUUUUUGUUUCUGACGUCAAAAACAAACCUACGAUGGAAAUGGUUUAGCGUGGGGAGCACAGCAAAAGACCCGUCGAUCCUUUCUCUCGCUUGGCAUUUUUCUUCUUAACUCGUUCCGCACAAAUCAUGCAGGAUUUACUCACUUCAAUUAAUUUCGUGUCGAUCGCUAUUGGCGCAUCCUAUCUGUAUCUCGUCAACAUCCUAAUGCACUUUGGGCUCAUUGGAGACCGGUGGUCGGAUGCCAUGGAUCGGGACAAGGGUGUGAAGGAUUGGGUGCACAAGACACGUCCCAACGACCAGUGUGGCUGGGACCAGUGUUGUGAAUUUGCACUAUACGCAGUUCAGACAUUCUUUGUAAUGGGCAUGAUGAACUUGGCCCAGGUUGACUGUUACAAUCACGCAUUUCAGCUCGGUCUAUUUUCCUAUAUUGCGUAUACGCUUCCGGAUAUUUACCGUUCUUACAUAUGGGAAGGUCGUCCCACUAACUUGCUGGCCAUCAAAGCAAUAUUUAUUAGUAGUUAGCUUGUAUAUAUUUACAACGUCCAUUCCAUGAUCACUGUGUGCAUAGUGUAUAACUGAUAAGUGUCAUG